GCCUCUGCGCUGCCCCUCCAUUCUCACUGCACCUUCUCAGCUGGUGACACUGCUGAACAAGACUUCACUGUCUGCCCCUUGUGGUAGCUCUCUGCCUGCGUGCUGCUCCCCGAUUCCUUCACGGAUGGCCCUCGCUCCUCUCGACGACAGGGUCUGCUGAAGGCAGAGACCGUUUGGAGGUCUCCCUAGAGCCUGCAGCUACCAGCUCCAUCACCUCUGCAACUGAUGUGGACUGCCAGCUGCCGAUCUCGCUGUUGACAGUAAAAGCAGAUAUGUUCCUUGCUCACUGCCAUUAGCACUGACCAUGACUCUUCACACCAAAACCUCUGGAGUUACCCUGCUGCACCAGAUUCAAGGCACUGAACUGGAGACACUGAGCAGACCUCAGCUGAAGAUUCCCCUGGAAAGAUCACUCAGCGACAUGUACGUGGAGAGCAGCAAGACAGGAGUUUUUAACUACCCCGAAGGGGCCACUUAUGAUUUUGGUACUACAGCUCCAGUGUACAGCUCUACUACUCUCAGUUAUGCCCCUACUUCUGAAUCUUUUGGGUCCAGCAGCCUGGCAGGAUUUCACUCACUGAACAAUGUCCCACCAAGCCCAGUGGUGUUCUUGCAAACAGCACCUCAGCUCUCACCCUUCAUCCAUCAUCAUAGCCAACAGGUACCCUAUUACCUUGAGAAUGAACAGGGCAGCUUUGGGAUGAGGGAAGCUGCUCCUCCGGCCUUCUACAGGCCAAGCUCUGAUAACAGGCGCCACAGCAUCCGGGAGAGGAUGUCCAGUACCAGCGAUAAAGGGAGCCUGUCCAUGGAGUCCACCAAGGAGACCCGGUACUGUGCUGUCUGCAACGACUACGCUUCAGGCUACCAUUAUGGGGUCUGGUCUUGUGAGGGCUGCAAAGCUUUUUUCAAAAGGAGUAUUCAAGGGCACAAUGACUACAUGUGUCCUGCUACUAACCAGUGCACCAUCGACAAGAACAGAAGAAAGAGUUGCCAGGCUUGCCGACUAAGAAAAUGCUAUGAAGUGGGAAUGAUGAAAGGUGGAAUCCGGAAAGACCGCAGAGGUGGGCGAAUGAUGAAACAAAAACGUCAAAGAGAGGAGCAGGAUUCCAGGAACGGGGAGGCUUCUUCUACAGAUCUGCGAGCUCCCACCCUUUGGACAAGUCCACUGGUCGUCAAACAUAACAAGAAGAACAGUCCAGCCCUGUCCCUGACAGCAGAACAGAUGGUCAGUGCCUUGCUGGAAGCUGAGCCACCCAUAGUUUAUUCUGAAUAUGACCCAAAUAGACCAUUCAGCGAAGCCUCUAUGAUGACCCUGUUGACCAACCUUGCAGACAGAGAAUUAGUGCACAUGAUCAACUGGGCAAAGAGAGUUCCAGGAUUUGUGGAUUUAACACUCCAUGAUCAGGUCCAUCUACUGGAAUGUGCCUGGUUAGAGAUACUGAUGAUUGGCUUAGUCUGGCGCUCCAUGGAACACCCAGGAAAGCUUUUAUUUGCACCUAACCUAUUAUUGGACAGGAAUCAAGGGAAAUGUGUAGAGGGCAUGGUGGAAAUCUUUGACAUGCUGCUGGCUACUGCUGCUCGGUUUCGCAUGAUGAACCUUCAAGGGGAGGAAUUUGUGUGCCUUAAGUCCAUCAUCCUGCUCAAUUCUGGUGUGUACACUUUUCUUUCCAGCACCUUGAAAUCUCUGGAAGAGAGAGACUAUAUCCACCGUGUUCUGGACAAAAUCACAGACACGCUGAUACACUUAAUGGCUAAGUCGGGUCUUUCUCUGCAGCAGCAGCACAGGCGACUGGCUCAGCUCCUCCUCAUCCUCUCUCACAUCAGACACAUGAGCAACAAAGGAAUGGAGCACCUGUACAACAUGAAGUGUAAAAACGUAGUUCCACUCUAUGAUCUCUUGCUGGAGAUGCUGGACGCUCACCGACUGCAUGCCCCAGCAGCCAGGAGCGCUGCACCAGUGGAAGAGGAGAACCGGAGCCAGAUGACAACUGCAUCAGCUUCAUCUCAUUCCUUGCAGUCUUUUUAUAUAAACGGCAAAGAAGAGGAGAAUGCAGAAUACAAUAUAAACAGAAGUCAGCAUAUAUAAUGGUAUGAGAAACCCAGCAGUGUACUACCUAGCUCACGCUUCAUUUCGUCUGUAGUGCCACCUAGGUAAACACUCCAAUGACAACAGUCACCUGCAUUUUCCAUUUGAGUGUUUGUCAAGUGCUUGCCUAAAUUGAUUGCUUAUCCUAAAUGGAAGACAUUUCAUUGCUAUGGACAGUCAGCAAGGAUUGUCAGGCUAACUUGAUUUAAAAUUUGCAGUGUUUUUAUUUAAUUUUGCAUGUAAAUUGGGUAAGUCCUAAUCUAAACCAAACAUUCAUUUUACUAUAAAUUAAUAGGCCAUACCACCCAUGCAUAUUGGUAUCUCCAUGAGUGGUAGCCUUUGUUGAUAUUAACCUGAAAUUCUGAGCUCGCUUAAUCCUUUACUUGCUUGAAACUUUGAAGCAGUUUGGUAGAGAUUCUGGGUUACUUUUUUUGGGGGGGGGUAAAUGGAAACUUGGUUGGCAUUUUAGUGUGCCACAGUGAAACUGCACUGCUAGUGACCGCCUUGGUAGUUUAGGAAGAUUCCCGCCUCUCUUCUUCCUACAGUAGAAAGGAACCCCUGUGAGAAUAAUACUGUUUUACCUUGCUAGUUUACAUCAGCAGACAACUCCGUCUCAAGAUCAUACUGACCAAACUUUUAGGUCCCCUUACCACAUCCUCUAGCUGAAUUGCAUUGCGUGCAUCCUAUCUUGUCUGAUCCUACAAAGCUAAACAGUUCUGUUGCUUGGCAGUGUGUAAAUCAAGGGCAACAUGGCAAACAGUGAUAACAUAGAUAAUUAUUCUUAAAUCAGACCAGAUGAUUAAAAAAAAUCAGGUCUUAAAAAACAAAAACAAAAAACAAAAGUCUGCACACACAUAUGUGAUCCAGCACUAUUUUAUAAAAACCCUCUGCUGUUCUUUGCUUUGUUGUGCUACAAACCAAGGGGUGAGGAUGCCAGUUCAAGACUGGCGCAGCAGGGUGGGAUGGUCCCAUCCCACUCAGCAGAGUGUGGCCUAGCCGUGUAUGGGAGGGCUGGCAUCACAGUCAGAGCAAUAGGCUUUGCAUUGCCUUGGCUUUCUUUGGCUCUCAUUGGGGCAUACUCAGAAAUCACUGUUAAAAACCAGCUCACCUGUGACAUCAGAACUGGGCAAUGAGCCUCAGACAUGGUGAAGACUCUGGGACUGAAUGGCUGGGAAGAUAAAUCUGUCUUUCUCCAUGCAUGUGUGUAACUGUUUUUCAUAAGGAUGAGUCAGAUUCUUCAGACCAACUGUAAAUAUACAAGAGGUCCACUGACAUCAAGAGUUUCAGCAAGACAUGAAGCAGAGAGACUGAAGAAAUCCAUACUAUGAGCUAUUCAAAGCAGGAGUUGGUGCUGCUCUUUGACUGCCUCUAUGCCAGAAAAUUAAAUGUGUCAGGGAACGUUGCUGGGUACUGGAAUGCGAUUAUUACACAUGCCAGGGAUAUUUUAUUAGUCUAAUGAUAAACUUUGCCUGUGCUAUCUGUACUUCUGGUUUACAGGUGCAGUUUGGGAGUUAGUACAGAUGAGGGACUAUUCCAAAAGCUGGUUGGAAGUGACCACCCUGCCAGUAAGGACGUUUCAUAGUAUAUGCGUGGGCUGCUCCAGAGCAGCUGGCCACAGUGCUAGAGAAGGGUUCAGGGAUGCUUCUUUUACUGCUAUAGUUGAAACCUUUAUGUUAGAUGAUGUUGAUUGGAAUAUCCUGUAGUAACUAAAUACAGGAAAUAGUGCAACUAUUGCCAUACAGGAGUGCCUAUGUCUGAUUACGCUCCCUGUUACUCACGCAGAGUCUGUGCGCAGUGAGAUCGUUACGUAGCAAUUGUGAAGGCAGCAGGGCAUAAGACAAGUUUGUGCUCCAAGUCAAGGAUUCGAUUCUUUUGUGAAUGUACAUAAUGUUGUCUAUAACAGUUUCAUGUACAUAUCUGAGGAUAUGCAGUUUAAAAGUCUAAAGCUAGAUGCCACUUAUGUUUUAGAAGAUUCCUCGAAAACUGUGGAAGCCUAAACAUGUGAAGCAGUCACUGUAAGUUAAUAGGCCUUUUAUUGAUGCAUAUUAUAGUGUGAUUUUUUUCUGAAUGUGCUGAAGGAUUUGUCUUUUUGUGUAUUCAGUAAGAGUGCGUGUGUGUGCGUGUGUGUGCAAAUUUGGUACCUAAGGGCUUUUGGAGGGCUCUUAAAUGCCUUGAAAGAAAAUGCACAUUUUGUUUUGUUUAGAAGUUGGUUUUCAAAUGUGUUAGAGAAAUCAUGAAUGCCCUGAAAUGAGUGCAGGCUAAGAUAUGAAUGGAGCACAGGAAUCCCUGUUGUUACUUGUGUGCUUAUACCAUCAUCAUUCACUCGUAGCCCAGUGCGUGCUAGAGCUGCUCUUUAAAUACUGUAUGUGCAACUUGGUGUUCUCUACGACAGCACACACAGAUCAAGCUCAUAAGCUGCAAGGCAAAUUGAUUUAAAUGAAUGCCUCCCUUCCUACAGCCCAGAACAGUUCAUUACAUCGAUUCAAGUGUAAAUUUGGCCUAGAGGGAAAAAAAAAAUAGUUCAUGGAGAGCAAUUCACAACAGAGGGUCAGAUUCUGAUGCUACUUACAUAGGGCAAGUACCACUAUACUCUACAGAUUUUCCUGGUGAAGCUGGAUAAGCAUCAUUUGAAGUGGUAUGCAGCAGACAGAAGGGUAUCAUAACGUAUCUUAGACCAUAAGGAAUAAUCAGUCAGCUCACAAUCUUAAUUAUGAAUGCUUUCCUAUGCUCAGCCCUUGCAAGGAAGUAAAUUAGAUUCAACCAUGUUUAAAUUCCUCCCAUGUUUGUGGUGACAACAGUGAAGGGCACCCAAAAAGGAAAAUCAGUGAUUACCAGUAAUACAUUCAUUUACCUUGGAGGAGUUUCAGGAUCUGUGUCAUUAACUUGUUCAUGAGAUUUUAACUGAAGCAGCACCUUAAUGAAUAUAGUAACCUUCCCCUAGUUAUCUAUAGAGAUGAUUGUCCACAUAUCAGACAGCUGAAUGUAGCUAUUCAAUUGAUUAAACAAAGUCUAUGAUACAAAAAUGGUAACUUUUUUCAUAUGUAAUUCUGAAUUAUGCUCUCGUGUAUGCAAACAAUUGUGCCUGACAUUUCGUAAUUGUUAUUUCACAGGAUGAUAUUUUAUGUGUGUGUGUAUAUAUAUAUACAUAUAUACUUUGUAUUUGCAGCUGACAAACCAGUACUACGUGAAUACCUGGUGCUGGAUAUUAAACAAAAAUAUACAGCAUGUAAAAAAAAAAAAAAGAUUUGAAAGAAAACUAUUCAAGGCAGCUAAUUAUGCUUUUACCAAAACAUUCAUAGUGAUGUCUCUGGACAGCUAAUGAAAGAAUUAUUUUAUAAUGUUUAUACGUGGAUUUUUAAAAAAAAAACACCAAGAAACCAACAUCAAAAAACCAAAAAACCCCUAGAAACAUAGGCAAUGUAAUACCAGCACAAGCCAAACAGAAAUAGACCAGAUGAACUUGCUUUGCUUGAGAAUAUGGCUGUUACUGAAUUAUUACAAAAAGCUUGGGAGGCAGGAGAGGAGAUAGGGUGAUGUGUAGAACUUAGUAGUGUCUGAGUUUCUAACAAUAUGUGAAAGCUACUCUGGUUUUAGUGGUUCGAGCCAUGUCUCAGUGUUGCAGAAUUUGUCUCAGGUAAAACUCCUAGUUGGGGCAGUAGGAUUUGUACCGGGGUAAAAUAAUUUAAUGAGAGUUUCUUGGUGUGUUUUUGUGGUAAAAUUGCUAUUAAGUUUCAGUGACAUCUCUUGAUUUUUCUCCUUCUGUACACUGAGGGGUUUAAUAAUUUAAAAAUAUAAUUAAAGAAAUAAUCUGAACUGAGGUCACAAGGAUAUUGCAAGGACUGUCAGCAGGUCACUGGACUUCUUUAAAUUGAAAAAAAAGAAAACCUAAACCACCACCUGCAUCCAAGCCAGGGUUUGUAUUGGAGCCUCCAUCCAUUCCAACUGAUGCUGACUGAUUCCUUAAGAGUUGUGCCAAAUGUUUAAAAUGAAACAAACUAUCAGGAAAGUAAAAAUUCUGCCUCACUAGGGCCUUAGUCUUAUCAUAGGCUUUGUUAGGAACACAGCACGCCUCUCUUGUGUAUAUAAUAUCCUGCUUUAAAAUUAGAAUGCAACCCAGCCUAAAUCUAAUGGGAUUUUGUAUAUAAGGUAUUCUCAGCUGAACUUAUGUGAGGUGCAUUUCUUACUUUGAAUAAAGAGAUGGCUAUUUCCAAUGCUAUCUAUAACCACAAUAUAGCUUUAUAGAUAGAAAUUCAACACAUGUAAAAAAAGGGUCAUGUUAACGAUGGUAUUGUAAUACAAACCAGUCUUUGCUGACACCUGCAACUAUAGCAUAAUCUCAAAUUGAUCUGAUAAUUUUAAUUUAAUAUUUCCUUAAUAUUAAUGUCCUACCCUUUCUACUUGCAAUUCCCUUUCAUCUCUCAAAUGUAGAUAUCCUUAUAUCCUGAAAGUUGUUUUCAAAAUGAUUGUUGCCCAUAAGGGUAUUUGGUUUUGCACUGUGUUAAAAAAAAAAAACAACCAAACCUGAAAAAAAAUCUUUUGCAUUCAAAUGUGCCUAAACAAACAAACAAACAAAAAAUUUAAAAAAUGUAUAUGUUGCCAUCUUGCAAAUUAGUAUGCUCUGUACUCCUGUGUGCCUAUAAUCAGAAGGCUGUUUCUUCAGAAAGCGCCCAUCGGAAAAUGAAGGGAUAGACUGCUGGUCAUGAGACUUGCAUUAACAAGCCACUUUAUGAAUCACCUUAUUGUAUAUACCAUAAAACUAACGCUUUUGUGUGCACUAUGUAGUCUGUCAAUGGAAAGUCCUUUCUUUGGUAUAGGCUCAGCUGCCAUAAUGUAUUUGUUCAAGUAUUCUGUUCUUUCACUGAUGCAUAUAAAAUUAUUGAUGUCUGUCUUUGUUUUGGUGAGGUUUUUUUUUCCUUUGUUUUACACUUAAAAAAGCUCUAAAAAAAGUCUAAAUGAAAAAUAUGGUAUGCUACUUGAUUGGUGCAAGAUUUUUGUCAAUGCAUUUGAUGUUGAAAAUAAAGAAUUAAUGAG